CGGCGGGUUGUGCCGGGCCCCGUCCUCCGCAGCUCCAGUCCUGGGGUGCCGCGGGCUCUGGCUGCCUCGGGGCGGCGGCCGCGGCCGCGGCGUCCGAGCCGACCGCGCGGGAUGGCGAGAUAGCGGCGCGGAGCGGCCGGACUGACUGCAUGGCCUGGAAGAUGGAUAGUUGCUUAUGUUGGAGACAGUCAUCCUGGAUGGUAGGCCGGGGGAAAAUGAGGCUGCCUGCAAAUUUCCGGUGGCUCUUAGCAACAUUUGUUCUUCUGUAUCUACUGAAUCAAGUAAACAGCCAGAAAAAGGGGACACCACGUGAUUUGAAGUGCACAACUAACAAUUUACAAGUAUGGGACUGCUUUUGGAAAGCACCCCUAGGAACAGGUCGUGGUACCAUUUAUAAAGUUUGCAUUGAGGACAGGCCCCAUUCUUGUCAACAGUUAGAGAAAACAAAUAUUAAAAUCCCAGCUCUUUUACCUGGUGAUCACAAAAUAACAAUAAAUGCUCUACAUGAUUUUGAAAGUUCUAUAAGUACAUUCAUACUAAAUGAAAAAAAUGUUUCCCUAAUUCCAGACACGCCAGAGAUCUUGAAUUUGUCUGCUGAUUUCUCAACCUCUACAUUACACCUAAAGUGGAAUGACAAGGGUUCUGUUUUUCCUCAUCACUCAAAUGUUAUCUGGGAAAUCAAAGUUCUACGUAAAGAUAGUAUGGAGCUCAUAGAAUUAGUGACUCACAACACCACUCUGAAUGGCAGAGAUACAGUCCAUCACUGGAGUUGGACCUCAGAUAUGCCCUUGGAAUGCGCCAUUCAUCAUGUGAGAAUUAGGUGCUACAUUGACUCUCUUCAAUUCUCUGGUCUCAAAGAGUGGAGUAAAUGGAGCCCAGUGAAGAACAUUUCUUGGACUCCUGAUUCUCAGACCAAAGUUUUUCCUCAAGACAAUGUGGUACUUGUAGGCUCAGAUAUAACAUUUUGUUGUGUAAGUCAAGAAAAAGUGUUAUUGGCACAGAUCGGCAGUAAAAAUUGUCCCCUUAUCCAUCUUGAUGGAGAAAAUGUUGCCAUCAAGAUCCAUAAUAUUUCUGUUUCUGACAAUAGUGGAACAAAUGUGAUUUUUUCAACAGAAAAUUCCAUGGAUGGAACAGUUAUUUUUGCAGGAUAUCCACCUGAUGUUCCUCAAAAACUAAAUUGUGAAACACCUGAUUUAGAAAAAAUUAUAUGUAGCUGGGACCCAGGAAGACCAACAGCGUUGGUGGGCCCACGAAGUACAAACUACACUUUAUUUGAAAGUUUUUCAGGAAAAUACGUUACAUUUAAAAAUGCUGAAAUACCUACAAAUGAAAGCUAUCGGGUUUUCUUUGAAAUGAUUCCCAAUCAAGAAAUAUAUAAUUUUAGUCUGAAUGCUCACAAUCCUCUUGGGCGAUCAGAAUCAACAAUACUAGUCAAUGUCACUGAAAGAGUUUCUCCACAUUCUCCUACUUCAUUCAGAGUGAAGGAUAUUAAUUCAAAAGCUGUUACACUUUCUUGGCGUUUAUCAGGCAACUUUGCAAAGAUUAAUCUUUUAUGUCAAAUUAAAAUUAAUAAAGCUAAUUCAGCACAAGAGUUGCGGAAUGUGACAAUCAAAGGACUAGAAAAUUCAAGUUACCGUGUUGCUGUGGACAGAUUAAAUCCAUAUACUAUAUAUACUUUCCGGAUUCGUUGUUCUUCUGAAACCUACUGGAAAUGGAGCAAAUGGAGCAGUGAAAAACAACAUUUAACCACAGAAGCCAUUCCUUCAAAAGGACCAGAUACAUGGAGAGAGUGGAGUUCUGAUGGAAAAAACUUGAUAAUCUACUGGAAGCCUUUACCUAUUAAUGAAGCUAAUGGAAAAAUCCUUUCCUAUAAUGUGUCAUGUUCAUCAGAUGAGGAAACACAGUCCCUUUCUGAGAUCCCUGAUCCUCAACACAAAGCGGAAAUACGGCUGGAUAAAAAUGACUACAUCAUCAGUGUGGUAGCAAAGAACUCGGUUGGCUCAUCACCACCGUCUAAAAUAGCCAGCAUGGAAAUCCCAAACGAUGAUCUCAGAGUAGAGCAAGUUGUUGGAAUGGGAAAGAGGAUUCUCCUUACCUGGCAUCCUGACCCCAACAUGACUUGCGACUAUGUUAUUAAAUGGUGUAAUUCAUCUCGGUCUGAGCCAUGUCUUAUGGAUUGGAAAAAAGUUCCUUCAAACAGCACUGAGGCCAUAAUAGAAUCUGAUCAAUUUCAGCCAGGUGUCAGAUACAAUUUUUUCCUGUAUGGGUGCAGAAAUCAAGGAUAUCAAUUAUUACGUUCCAUAAUUGGAUAUAUUGAAGAAUUGGCUCCAAUUGUUGCACCAAAUUUUACUGUUGAAGAUACAUCUGCAGAUUCCAUAUUAGUAAAAUGGGAAGCUAUUCCUGUGGAAGAGCUUAGAGGCUUUUUAAGAGGAUAUUUAUUUUACUUUGAAAAAGGAGAGAGAGAUACAUCUAAAGUAAGGGGUUUGGAAUCAGGUCGUUCUGACAUCAAGGUGAAGAAUAUUACUGACAUAUCCCAGAAGACACUGAGAAUUGCUGAUCUUCAGGGUAAAACGAGUUACCAUCUGGUUCUUCGAGCCUACACAGAUGGUGGCCUGGGCCCAGAGAAGAGCAUGUUUGUGGUGACGAAGGAGAACUCUGUGGGAUUAAUUAUUGCCAUUCUCAUCCCAGUGGCAGUGGCUGUCAUUAUUGGAGUGGUAACAAGCAUCCUUUGCUAUCGGAAAAGAGAAUGGAUUAAGGAGACCUUCUACCCUGAUAUUCCAAAUCCAGAAAAUUGUAAAGCAUUACAGUUUCAAAAGAGUGUCUGCGAGGGAAGCAGUGCUCUUAAAACAUUGGAAAUGAAUCCUUGUACCCCAAAUAAUGUUGAGGUUCUGGAAACUCGGUCAACACUUCCUAAAAUAGAAGAUACAGAAAUAAUUUCCCCAGUAGCUGAGCGUCCCAUAGAUAGCUCUGAUGUAGAACCUGAAAAUCAUGUGAUUGUAUCCUAUUGCCCACCGAUCAUCGAGGAAGAAAUUCCAAACCCAGCUAUGGAUGAAGCAGGAGGUACUUCACAGGUCAUCUACAUUGACGUUCAGUCCAUGUAUCAGCCUCAGGCCAAACCAGAGGAAGACCAAGAAACCGACCCCAUAGUUGGGGCAGGCUAUAAGCCACAAAUGCGCCUUCCCAUCAAGUCUACUGUAGAAGAGACAGCUGCAGAGGAUGACAUAGAUAAAACUGCGGGUUACCGACCUCAGGCAAAUGUUAAUACUUGGAAAUUGGUCUCUCCAGACUCACCUAGAUCCACAGACAGUAACAGUGAAAUUGUCUCUUUUGGAAGUCCAUGCUCCAUCAAUUCCCGACAGUUUUUGAUUCCCCCUAGAGAUGAAGACUCCCCUAAGUCAAGUGGAGGGGGGUGGUCCUUUUCAAACUUUUUUCAGAACAAACCGAAUGAUUAACAUGUCACCUUGUCACUUCAGUCUGCCAUCUCAAUAAGCUGUUACUGCUGGUGUUGCUGCAGCAGCACUGGUGUCCCUGGAGGAACACUGUGAAGUAUUGCUACCCAGGUGAACUUCACUGUGCAAGUUAUACCAGAAGUGUUUGUGUCUUUUAAUGUAGUCCAAAGGCCAGGGACAGUGGCUCAGAAUUCUCCCCUCCUCCUAAAACUAAGAUUUGGAGCUGUUGUAACCAACCCAAAGAAUUCUUCAGGAAGCACUUCCAGGCCAAUACUGUUCAGUACAUACAUGCAAAACAAAUCCUGCAUCAACUGUUUUCCGUUGUUAAUGGUUUUCUCUAUGUAUACUUUGAGAAUUGCAAGGGGAUUUGCAGGCAAGAGAGAAAGACAUCCAAGUCACGUAAUGUUUAUUUGCCUGACAUUAACUCCAUUCUAGAGGAAAACCAAGCACAGAUUUUAAAACUUUUAAGAUUAUUCUCUUCUCUCUGCAACAUUUAUAAAGUUAAUAUAAUUUUUAAUGUAUCAGCCAUUUAGUGUUGUGCUUGAUGAAGUGUGCUGAUUUCUGUGCCUACUGUAUAAUGGUUAUAAACAGUUGUCUCAGGGGUGCAAAUGUGGAAAAUGAGUGUGACGCUGACCAGCCCCAGUCGGAAUAGCAUCGUCUUGCUUUGUAGGUUUUUCAAACUUUUCCAUUAUUUUUUAGCAUUUAUGCUGGCUUAUUUUAUUACAGAUGAAUGCCCUAAUAUUUGAAACUUAAACUUCUAGAACCACAGAUCCGAAGUUUUUAUUUAAACCAUUUUAUUUUGUGAUAUAGUGUCAGCUUUAUAUGAGCAAAUUCAUUACUAACCAUAAAUAUAUAAUUGCUCAUGAUUUAUUAUGUGAGAUGACUACUAAGCAAUAUCUAGCAAAUUUGCUGUCUUGUGUAGCUCUGAUUGGCUUGUAUUUCCCAAGAAUGAGAAGACUAUGUCCUUGAUCCUGGUCCCCACACAGCUCUGAUCUUCAAAGCUUCUCAACAGAUUUUCCUCUCUCAUCAGCCAUAACUUCUCUCAAGUGAUUUUUGGUUCAGACUGUCAGAUCAAGCCCUCAGAUUUUUAAGCAUAAAACUAAAUUGAAGAUGCUUCUUCCAGGAACAGUGACUCAAGGGUUGUUUUCUAUUAAAAGUCAUCGGUGGACUUGAAUCAGUGGCCAGCUUUGUAUCACAGGUGUGGCAGCUGCUGGUGAACUGUGUGGCAUUAGUGUUUUCAGCAUGGCAACCUUUGCCCCCCACCCCGGCUCUUCAGCAGCAAUCUCUAUAGAGUGAAUACAGUUCUCGGAAAAGCAGAGUGAAAAACUACAAAGUAUGUUAUGUAUUUUCCCAUUAUUGGCUUGUCUGUGUAUUUCAUCUUUUGAUGGUUAAGAAUAGUACUUGAAAAUUUGAAACAUCUGAGUAAGUUAGAGUUCUUUUGUAUCAUCUGAGGUUCUAUGGUGCAUUUGCAAACAAUGGAUCUAUUAAUAAUCUUUUGAUCAUUAUAUGUUUUUAGAGACCAUGUUAUGGGAAAAAGAAAGAGCAACAAGAAAAAAAAUCUAUUUAGGUACCCAACAUAUGAAUCCUGAUUUUAACUGAUAAAACUUAGCUAAAUUUCUGAGCAUCAUGAUACAAGUAGAAUGAAAUAUAAUUAUAUACAUACAUAGUAUAUUGAAUCUAUAUAAUAGCUCAUAGAAAUUUUCAGUAAUAAAAAUAUAUCAAGUCAGAGCCAUCCCUAAACAAAGUUUUAUCUUCCUGUUUGAUCUUCUUUGGCUCCUUCCUUUAGCUCUCCUCUGAGACCCUCACACCUGGACCUGCCUCUCUGCCAGAGCAUGGGGUUUCUCUGCUUGUCCUCACCUUAUUCCUCAUUUCUCACUGAAGCUUAUUGACCCCAUAGUUCCUCUCUUCAGACCAAGAUUAAGAGUUGGCUAGAGUAAAAGUCUUUUAGGCUAAACGAUGCUCACCUGAGAGCACAGGAAAAUAUUAUUAAAUUGGUCUCUGUCAUCAAAAUAUAUGCAUUGCAACUGUGCCCUUUCUGACCUAUGUCAUGACUCACUUGUUUGCCUGAAGGUGACAAUCACUGGGGGCUAUUGAGCUAGGGCUGCACUGUAGGGAGAAAGUUCAGAGUGCAACUUACCUGUCCCUACCUCUGGAGGUCUGUGCCCAAGGAUCUUUAGGUGAGUAAGAAGCAGAGUGAAGCUUGCUUAGUCUGGGCAAGUGUCGUAAUUUCCUGUAUGCUUAGGAGACUGUGGCUUAGAUCUGAGGCCAAGGCAGCUUCCCUGUCUUUUCUCAGUGAAUCGGAUCACAAGAACUCUGUUGAUGCUUAUUAUCUUUUCAACCCACCCCAUCCUUGCAUUUAGGGGGACCUUCAGCACAGGGAGGACUCCAUUUGUCACAUAUCCAGUUGCUGAGAUCCCAGAAGUGUUCACUGUUAAUAUCAGUGCAAUACCCUGCCCAUGGGUGCAAGGUAUUGUAAUAGUGGCCAUGCUCGUCCAGUCUGAUCAGCCACUUGUCUCUUGGAGAGCAUUAAGGACUAAGCCAGUCUGAUCAGCCACUUGUCUCUUGGAGAGCAUUAAGGACUAGCUUGAGGGUAGGCUAUAUGUAUUCCCUCCAGUCCUUCCUGAGUGGAGAAAAAGUUGAGAAAUCGCUCUUCCAUAACAAAAGUUCAGUCAUUAGAAAUUUCUAAAUACCUGCACUAAGCAUAUUCCAUUUUUUUCCUGUUGAGUAGAACUGCAGAUAAGGCCACUGUGUCUUGCUCUUCCAUGGUGGUCCACACUCAUGCUAUAGGGUAUACUCCUUUCCUACAUUUACUUGGUCCAGACUUGCUCUGCAUAGCCUGGUUUUUUUCCUGGCUUUAAUAAAACUUUGCUAUGGUUUAACAACAACAAUAACAACAACAACAACAACAAAACCUGUAGAUUGCUACCUCUUUUAUAAACCAAUUUCAAAUCAGGUUUUCCUUGUGACUAGUGGAGAUUCUGGGCAUCGUAAUUUCUGUGCAUUUCUUUUGUGAGUGGCCAUUUUAGAAUGUAAAAAGUUCCUUUAGAAAGAUUUAACAAGGCUUUGUACGUUAGACCUGGUGAAUUAUGUAUGGCAUGGUUUAGCACACAAUCUAAUCCAUCAGUUGGUUGAACUGGCAGGGCUCUGGAUUUGAGACUGUGGCCCUGAGUGACUGAGAGUUGACUCUGUGUGUGUGUGUGUGUGUGUGUGUGUGUGUGUGUGUGUGUGUGUACUGUGUGAUAGAGAUGAUUUGUUCCUGCAGCUGAAAACAGAAGCAGCCAUUCCCUGAGUAGUUUAAGGGAGGAAGUGUCACCGUCAUUUCCACACCAGCAUUACAUUCACAGCUCACGGAUCUGAGGGACUGCAUUUUACUCUUAAACACAGAAACUAAGGUAAAAAAGUCAGUCACGUUCUCAAAACUUGAUGCAGAUUGUAUUCUUGUUGGAAAUCAGUCCUGUGAUUCUUUGGUUGUCUGGUUGUCUUCAUGCUGCUUGUAUUUAAAGAAUGUUGUAGCCCUUUCUGUAUUUGGAUAAUUUAAGUGUAGCGUAGUGGAAGAGACUAGACAAUUUUUCUUCCAGAGGGUUUUGAAAUCAAUUUAAUGGUAUUUUGAAAUUAAAUGUACUUCUUCAACAUGUCAAUAUUCGAAAAAAGUGUUAUCUCAGUUUUUUGCUCAGGCACAUAAUCUCAUAAAACUUUUGUUUGCACUAAGGUAAUUUUUGCUGCCUUUCUGUUUUGAGCGAUGUUAAAAUUUGAAUACCUUUUCUAAAGUGCCUUUUUGCUUAUUUGAAUAUUAAGUUGAACAUCUUGGGUGUAAAAUGUGGUUAGAAUCAUUAGCUACCAAGACUAAGUGCACUGUGAAAUUUCAGUGACUAAUUCAUUGACCGAGUCCGAUCACAGAGUUAUGAAUUUAGCAGCAGGUUUAGAAGCACAGUAUAGAUCACAGGCUAGUUUUUGUAGGUCUGAAACUGUUGCCCCAAAGAAAUGGUUCCAUUUUCCCCAAAACUUGGGGAAAAAACUGAUGCAUACAUGUGACUAGAUACCUUAUUUCUUCCUAAUUUUAAACUAUGUGCACAUAGUGUGUUUUCACCUGACUGUUACACAAUUUGGUACCAACCCAACAUGUUUUCUGGCAAAUAAUACUGUCUGUAUGUGUGAGGUUAACAGAAUAAUAUAAGAAUUUAUUCUCUUGGUAGAUCGUGUCUUCAAAACAUUUCUUAGAAACUUGUUUUGGCUAAAUCAGUGUUUUAUGAUGUCAUACUCAUUUCUUGACUCCAGAAGAAAAACUUUUUCCUGAUCAGAAAAUGCUUGUACCCAAACUAAAAAAAAAAAAACUCAUUUUCUAAACAUAAUCUUAGAGUAUCAUUGGAAGUCACUUGGUUUGAAUUGGGUUUUAUUUAUAUCUCCAUGGAUUUAUGUUCUAGGACUAGUAACAUUUAAACCUCUUAUUUCACUAAGGUGGUUAGAUUUUUACUCCUUUUCAAAUACUACUUUUGUCUUAUUCACAUGAUCAUGUUCAUGUUAGAAUAUAGACAUACUAUUUCUAAUACCAGUGUAGAUACAGGAUUGAGAACAACACUCAGUUAGUUCGCUGUCAGGUUUUGUUGUGUGUGUUAGGAGUUUCAGGAGAUGUGAUUUGGUAUAGAACACAUCUAUAUGCUUGUAAUUAUGGUAUUGGAUUAUGAUAGAAUUCUAUUUAAUGGUUAGUAGUGCUUGUUUUUCCCUGUAUCAUGAAUGUUAGUAUUUUGAAUUAUAAGGUGUCCAAAUUCUAAGCAGAAUUUACCUAAGGAAAAUGGAUGCAUUUUUAUAAAAAUUAAAGUAGUAUUUAAGGAGGGAAAAUGAAUGUUUUCAGGUGUAAGUGCCUAGCUAGAGAAUCAUAGAAAUAAUAAAUUAGAAAGCAUUUGUAUAAGUAAACCAAAGCUGAUUGAACUGAUUGAAUGUUAAACAAAUACAAAGCAGAAAUAACUUAUAUUACUUUUUGGCUUCUGAAUACCUUAAAAACUAAAAGAUGUGAAUGAGGAAAAAAAUGUCUAACUGAUAAGGAAAUUGAUGUCUAUUAUGUUUAAAUUUUCUAAUUUUGCUUCUGUAGUAGCCAGGCAGAACUUUAAAAAAAAAUACCAAUAUAGAUUUUAUGCAGUGCUUAACCCUAACAUACAUUAUAUGUCUGAUUAAAUAGAUCACUUAAAUUGAUUGAAUUUCCUUAUUAAUUUAAAAUGGGCUUCACUUUAGAAUUAUUCCAUUGUAAAUGGGAGCUUUCAGUUUCUGAGCUUAUUUUUUCUAAGCAUUCCAGUGGUAUGUUAUCAAAGAUCAAAAAAUUUCUGGGUGGUAAUGAACUUGCAUUAAAUCAUGGUAAUUGUUAGGGUGACAUUAGUAUUUUUACAGUUGAUCAUAGGAAAGGAGAGUGAAUAAUGAUUUCCUUGGAAUUAUUUUCCAGUGUUCUUCCCUAGUUUGAUCCAGAACUUUCCUCUGUUUUUUUAAUAUACAUAAGUUGCUGAAACCUUCUAUUUAAUUUUCCCUUCCAACAUAAUACAUUGGGAAAAUGUAACUAGCAGCGUAAAGAGUUGAGAACACACAAGAAGAAGCCUGUUCAGUUUGCUGUUGAAGAGAGAUAGGUGUAUGUGAUGCCUUGGAACUUGUUUUGCCCUGUUGUUUUCUUUAAAAGAGCAUGGCAUUUCUUAAAUUCAUUUUAGUUUAUAUUUGCUUGUAGAGGAUUAUCCUGGAUAUAAAGAAAGAUGCCCUAAAUUUGACACAGUAGUACAUUAAAGAUGUGUUCAAAAAUUUUUUAAAAAUCACAUAAAAACAUUCAGCAUAACUAGUAAGAAUAGUUUACCAUUUCUUUAAUUACCUGGUCAUAAGUCAUCAUCCUUGUAACACUAGGAAAUUAUUAUUUUUUACUUUAAAAUUGCAUUAUAGUGAAUUACUGUUUACAAAAUACACAUACUGUGAACAGAUAAAUUUUUGUCUUUUAUAAGGUUUGUAGACAGAAUGUUUUUUAAAGAUGGUGUUAUGUUAAAUAGUUUUAGUUUUUUAUAAAUAUAGUGACUGUUUACUAACUUUUGUUUGGUCAGAUGUGUAUCAGUGUCACUGAAGAAGAUAGGGAGAUCCCAAAUUGUUCCCCUUUUCAUUUCUCAAAAUGUUACCACUACAACAUUUUGUUUAACAGGAAUGAUGAGUUGUGAUUAUUUUGUACUUAACAAUCAUUUUUAAUCACAUAAGGAAACAUUUAAAUAUAUGUAUCCAGGAAGCAAACUAUAGCAGAAGUAUAUCUCCAUGAUUCACUGACUCUCAGAAUUCCAGGUUUAGUGUGGAAUGAAACAAUGCGGAUGACAAAUGAAGUGUUUCCUACCUUGGGAAAAAUUGGAUAUUGUUAGAAUGGGACAUUAGGACUUUUUAUGUCAUAUUAUAAUUUCAAAAUUUAGUUUCCAUAUCUUUUGGAAAACAUGGUUAUAGCAAAAACAUAGAAUAUAUGUAACCUAUUACUAUGACACCAUAAAUGUAAAAUUAGUAUGCUUGGCUGAUAACUCCAAAGAUGUUACUUAUGUUUGUUUUUAAAAUGUGCAUGUAUUUAACAAUUUUAUCCUAGUAUUGUCAUGAAAAAUAAAUAAAUAUAUUUUCUUACAUCGUA